CAAAUCGCGGACGGCGCAUCCAAGCAUAUACGUGCCCUUCAGGCACUGAAGCGUCCAACGUCUCACUGGGAUGAUAUUCUUGUAUACAUUUUAAGCGCUAAACUCGACACGAUCACUUUGCGAGAGUGGCAGACAACAUUGACGGGCACAGAGCUUCCAGUUUUGAAACAGUUCAUGGACUUUAUGACGCAUCGUUGCCAAGUUCUUGAGGCAACAGCCCUUUCAGCGUCUCGCAGAAUAUCAGAAAUACGCAGUCGAAAAAUUUGCACUAAUUGUCUCCGCUCUACAACGCACACAGCUAGUAAAUGUCCAUCAGGCAAUUGUAAAACUUGCAAGGGCAAACACAGUACAUUGCUACAUGCAACAACUUCUACAGACUUAUCAGCUCCUCUGGGGAAAGAGGUACCGGAGAGUAGGAGACUGAAGGAAAAGAACAUGUUGGUGAGGGAGUUGGCGAAGGUGUCUCUGGGAAAAUUCG